GAGUGCUAAGUGCAGUAUGUGUCACGAAUUUGGAAAACGAUAAAAUUAAAAUCGUUACGUCUUGUUUGAGUAAUAAUUUGAUAAAGAAUCAUUAAUUCUGUACAUUUUCGUCAUUUACCACUAAGCUUUAAAGAUGGACAAGAGGAAAUUAUCUACAGCAGGCGACAGUUUGUAUAGACUACUAGAAGUGCCCAAAACCGCUACUGCGGACGAUGUCAAAAAGAGUUAUCGAAAACUGGCACUAAAAUAUCAUCCCGAUAAAAAUCCAAACAAUCCCGACGCAGCAGAGAAGUUUAAAGAAGUAAACCGCGCCCAUAGUAUACUCAGCGAUACGACGAAGAGGAAUAUUUAUGACAACUACGGCUCACUCGGACUGUACAUAGCCGAGCAGUUCGGUGAAGAAAAUGUCAACGCCUACUUCGUUGUUACUAGCACCUGGUGCAAAGCGCUGUUCAUCGUAUGCGGUAUUUUAACGGGAUGCUACUUCUGUUGCUGCCUAUGCUGCUGCUGCAACUGCUGCUGUGGCAAGUGUAAGCCGCGCCCACCGGAGGAAUCCGGCGACUACCACACUCUGGAGCGCGACGAUUCGGACGGCGUCCAGCCGGUUACGAGCCAGCCGGGCAGCGAGGGUAGACCCGCGGAGCAGGCCGUGCCCAUCGCCAUGCCCGCGCCCGCCCCGCCGGGAGUCUCCGAGAAUACCAACCUCAACACAGGGGCCAGUAUUCCUAAAUACACGUGAAGUGUAACAUAAACUUAAUUAGUAAAGGAAAAGAGGAACUGACUACUUAUUACCACCAACAUACAACUAAUAACUGAUGUAAGCCUAACAAGCAUUUUAUUUUGUAUGAUAUAUUUAUUAUGAUUUUUUCAUUUAAGUAUAUUUCUUACCUGGAAAUAUUUAAAUUAGAGAUGAGACGGAUAUCCGGCAACUAUCCCGUAUCCGGCCUAUCUGAUGGCUAACUGCUAAAUAAAAGUUCUGGAUAAAAAAAAACUUGAGAGGUGUCAAACUAGGACACCCGGAUGGAUCGAGGUUAUAAAUAGGAGUCUAUUUCUCAAUACUAAUGAUCGCAAUUUUAACCAUUGCAAAAUUCAACCUCAAAUAAAACAAUUAAUUAUAAGUUUCAAAUU